AUGAUAAUUGCUUCCGUGGAAAUAACAUGCUUUCAUAUCUUUUUAGGAAUCCUUAUGUUUGUUAUAUAUUUGAUUCUCCACCAAAUCUAUCAUCAACUGAAACUUCGUCGUGAACGGAAAGUGCCCAACAUCCUCUAUCAAUUUGAGAAAAUUCCCGGUCUCCACACACUCCGAUCCCAAACUCACACGUUUUUUUGUGGAGCACAGAAUUAUCGGCUCUCGAGUUCUCGAAAAUCAGCUCAAGCUUAUAAUCAAGAUCGUCACAAAGUCCAACGUCUUCUUCGAAAACUACUGGAGAAUCCAACAAUCCACGUGCCAGAGACUACUGUAGCCGUAUGUAUUCCCACGUGGUGCUCAAUGACGGGUGCAAGAUUUCAUGAAUUUCAAUGUAUGCCUCCGGCUCCUUAUUGUCCUUGCCCCACGAUAUUAUCAGAAUUUCAUUACACUUAUAAAAUGGUCACUGGGCGGGUACAGGCUACAUUUUAUCAUAAUCGAAGAUGUACUUGUUUGGCAGGAAUUUGUAUUUAUAUGAGAAUUCCAAAUGAGCCAUGGUUUUUCGGAGAGCUGCCAGAGGAGAUGAUUUUUGAUUUAAUCGGUCCCGGAGUGAAAAGAUUCAUCUCACCACGUGGAAGACGUCGUCCGCCACCACUUCUCCAACCUAUUCCACCAACUGUUCCUCCUGUUGAAGUAUCAACUUCUGAUGAAAAUUCAGAAGACGAGAAUUCAGAUGACGUGACGACUCCAGAAGACCCGCCACCGUAUGCAUCAGUUUUUGGAUCAAGCUCUUUCCUGGAAUAUUGUGGAAAUCAGAAAGAACAGCUGAAAAACAACAACGUCUUCAUCAGAAUAUCAAGUACCGGAACAGAAUAA